AUGGAGUGUGAAACAGCUAAGGCAGCUUGGACAAAGCUACAGGAAGAAUAUAUAAAGUUGUUUGGUGAAGAGCUUAAAGAAGUUCGAGUAGUUGAGAAGAUUCUCAACAAUGUAUCAGGGAAGUUUGAACCUACAAUAGCAUCCCUGUUACAAUCAAAGGACCUGCCUGGCAUUUCAAUUACAGAAAUUGUUAGUGCCUUGCAAGCUGCAGAACUGAGAACAUUAAUAAGAGAUGAAGCUCUUGGGGAGAAAGCCUUUCUUGCUAAAGGCAAAAGUAAAGCCAAAGCUGAGGCUUUUACCAAGAAAAAUUACAAAGACAAAGAUAAGAAGAUUACUCAAUCUGGUCAAUCUUCAAACAAGAAAAACAAGUACAAGCCAUGUUCCUACUGCAAGAAAAGGAAUCAUACAAAUGACUAUUACUGGUUUAAGCCAAAUGCAAAAUGUAAAAUAUGUAGUCAAUCAAGACACACUGAUAAAGUGUGCAAGAACAAAACAAUUGAAGAUAAAACUACACAGAUAAAUGAAAGCUCAAAAUUAGCUAAAGAAGCAUUGUUCAUGGCUCAGUCAGAUUCUAAAAGUGACAUUGGUAACUGUGAAUGGCUUCUUGAUAGUGGCAACUCAUGGCAUAUUGCACUUUUUGAAGCUGUGUUUGUUAAUCUUGAUAAGAACCAUCGAUCAAGAGUUAGAAUAGGGAAUGGUGGUUACCUAUAA